AAAUCAAUCGGGUCCCACCCCUGAAACCCGAAUUAGAACCUAAAUAAACUUGGGGCGGAAAGGGCGCAAAGAGAAGUGGGGUGGGGGCUUCCGAAGACGGAGGAGAAAGCUGCCCUCCCGACGAUUUGUCACGGGAGGAAGAAGGGGGAAUCCGCUAUUCCAGGACGAAGCAUCAUUUAUCAAUCUCCUUCACCUCCCACUGCCCUGUCCUGCGGAAGUGCGUCUUCCGGCGACGAUCUGUUGGUAAUUAGCUGAUCUGAGGCGCACGUUGGGCGAUCUGGUGGUUGAUGGUGCGUCUGAGGGCGGAUGUUGGAUAGAUGCUCCUUUGCUGAUCCGUCUCUGCUUAUUUCGUUCACCUUCUCGCCCGCAUGGGGUAUAACAGAGGUUGUCUUGGAUGCUAUACCAAGCCUGCUCCAAUUAUUGCUGUGGAUGAGCCUUCAAAGGGUUUGAAAAUCCAAGGCCGAACAGUGAAAAAACCUAAUUUCUCUGAAGAAUUUUGGAGUACAAGCACAUAUGAGAUGGAAAAUAGUGGAGUUCAAUCACAAAAGAGCAUUUCUUCAAUUAGCACAUUGGUAAAUACCUUGGAUCACCAUGGUGGAAUAGGAAGCACAAGCAACCAUCCAGAAUUUCUGAACCAUGGUCUUCUUCUAUGGAAUCAAACCAGACAGAAAUGGGUUGGAAAUAAAAGGCCUGAGACCCAGUCACAGCAAGUUCGAGAACCAAGGUUGAGUUGGAAUGCAACAUAUGAUGGUUUGCUUGGAAGCAACAAACCAUUUCCACAGCCCAUUCCUCUUGCAGAAAUGGUAGAUUUUCUUGUGGACAUUUGGGAGCAGGAGGGAUUGUAUGAUUAGAUCAGAAAUGGUUGUUUUUGAUCAGACCAGAAAUGUAUGAAUACCCUUGUCCAUUUGAUCAGAAAACGAUGUUUACUCAUUACAAGGACGUCGAAAUGUAAUAGUAUGCUAAAUCACAUUAUCAUUGUGAUCUCUCUUGCUCAUGCAAAAUAGUGUCUAGACCGUUAGUCUAGUUGUAUA